AGGAGCAAUGGCGUCCAAAGAGAAACAAGUGGUGAAAAGUGUCAACAUGGAAAGUGCCCAGCAGGAAAACGAAGAACAGAGCUCUGUGCAGAAUGAAGAGGGAUCAUGCAAUUCGAAAGGGAGUGAAGGCCAGAAGAAUGGAAGAAAUGUUAAGCUGGGGCGAAUGAGACGACUUGUCCCUAAUUUUCGAUGGGCCAUACCUAACAAGAAUAUUGAUCACAAUGAAAUGGGAGAUGAUGUGGAAAAGUUCGUAGGGCAAAUGAUGGAGAUCAGGAGAAAGACUAAAGAGCAGCAAAUGAGGCAUCAUAAGCGCUUCCAAACUCCUGAACCUGAUAAUCAUUAUGACUUUUGCCUUAUACCGUGAAUCUUAAGGUUUUCCCUGAGGUUAAUAAUGUGGCCUCUGCUCCACAAGCUUGUAGUUUUGUGAUUUACUUUUUCUGUAAACAUUUGGUGUUUCCAGUUACCAGUUUGUAAUUAAAUAUUGUUUUGUCUCUGUAAAACUUUCUGUCCAGCAGGGCAAUUUCACCCAGUUUUAGAAAAAACUAUUCUUUUCAUAAUUGAAAUUAAUAAAGCAGUUGAAACAGCAA